AGUCUUUUGACUGCAUUACAACUGCCAGUGACUGGCUGCCAGCGCCAUAUGUGACAAUGGCAGCAGUUCACGCGUAUGAGCACAACUUCGUGCUUGGAAAACGAAAAGGAGUGUUCCAAGGAAGCUCUUUGAGCGCACCAUACCCCAAGCUCAUCAAAAUUGCUGAUGCACUGCAAAACGGCAAGUUGCCAUGGCACAGCUAUGACCCCAUGAUCAUAGCAUAGCCGCUGGCAAAGCAUCUCCGGCUUGAACUGGCUUGGUGCCAGAUUAUGGCCUGACGGCCGCCACGUUGCCGCGGUGAAGCUGCGGAGGAAGCUUCCCCACGUC